AUGCCUCAGUUCAAAGAAGGCGAUACCGUCAAGCUCAAAGGCGACGACGUAAUCUACAUCGUACUACGAGUCAUCGUCACCCUGGGCGAGAUCGCGAAAUACAUUAUCGAGAAAAAAUACAACCCAGUGCCUAGAGCAAAUGAGUAUGAGGUGAACGAAGGGGAUCUAGUACCGGCGUGA